AUGACGACCCUCAUCCCCCGCGAGCCCUACUCCCAGGUGGAGCUGGAUCGCCUAUAUCCUCGGGACUUGAAGCUGCAAUUGGUCCAAGUGUUUCUUCGUCAUGGAGAGCGGACGCCCGUAUCUUCACGAUUCCAGAAUGCAGGGCUUGCUCCAUACUGGCCGUACUGCAACGUUGCGCGCCAAAUGAUCCAAAUGGCCUCCAGUAACAAGGACAUUACAUCGUGGAAUGGGUUCCAAUGGCGCCGGAAACUUGAGACUGUGGGCAGCAAGGACGAAUCGGUAGUUGCAGUGGGCGCGACAGGUGAUAUAGAGGGCAUCUGGCAACGUCGCAUGGAAGGCUUGCUGACCGCAAACAGUCAACACGGCGAACUGACCGACAAAGGACGGGAGACGACCUUCGCACUGGGCCAGCGUCUACGGCACCUGUAUGUUGAUCAGCUGGGCUUCAUGCCGAAGAUUAAAUCAGACACCGAGGACAUGUAUCUCCGUGCCACGCCCAUUCCCCGAGCCCUCGAGUCCCUCCAGCAAGCCUUCUGGGGCAUGUAUCCCGCCAGUGCCCGCACCCAGGACUUCCCACCUCCAGUAAUCGUCGCACGUUCUGUGUCCGAAGAGACGCUGUUCCCCAACGAAGGCAACUGCCGUCGAUUUAGGCAGCUUGCUCGACUCUUUGCAGACAAGGCAUCACUGAAAUGGAACAACUCCGAAAAAAUGGACUACAUCAACACGCGCAUAUCCAAAUGGAUGCCGGAAAGCUCCCCUCGAGUCGCAGUCAACGGACACCCCCAACUCUGCGGAAUCAUGGACACGAUCAACGCCACCGACGCACACGGACCCGCCACCAAGCUCCCAUCGGAAUUCUACGACCGCAAGCUGAGAGACUACAUCGACGAGAUCUCCGUCGACGAAUGGUUCACCGGCUAUGCCGAAAGCCACGAGUACCGCAAGCUCGGCAUCGGAGCGCUUCUCGGCGACGCCGUCGACCGCAUGGUCAGCACCGCCGUCGAAGGUGGCUGGCGCAGCGAGACCUCCGCCUCCGGAUCCUCCUCCCCCGACCACGGCAAAGCCAUCAAAUUCGCCAUGAGCGGAUGCCACGACACCACCCUGGCCGCCAUCCUGACCAGCAUGGGCGCCUUCGACGGCAAAUGGCCCCCCUUCACCUCCUCCGUCGCCAUCGAGCUCUUCUCUCGCGCCGAACAAGACCCCACAAACACAACCGUCCCCGUGCCCAAGAAAUCCGGCCUCUUCUCUUCCCUGACUGCCUCCUCAUCCAGCACCACCACACCCUCCCAACUAGCCCGCACCCCUCUCUCCUCCCUCCCGGAAUCCACAAAACCCCUCCUCCGCACCCACUACGUCCGCAUCCGAUACAACGACCGUCCCGUCCGUAUCCCCGGCUGCGCCGCCAAGCCCCAGAACCAUUUCCCAGGCGACGAAACCUUCUGCACGCUGGAAGCGUUCAAGGAGAUCGUCGACAAAUUCACCCCCCAGAGCUGGAGGGAUGAGUGUCUGCAGAACAUUGGGGAGGGGCUGUACGGGAAGGACGAGAGUGAGAAAUCGAUUGCUGGGUUUUAA